CAACUUUUCCCGAGGAACUCCACACACAACGCUUUCAGCAGUCCACCGUCAAAGAGCCGAGAUUUAACAAAGUAGCCGUAAAACACCAGCGAUAAAAACGUGACCAGGAAUCAGCGAAACGACGUGACUUUACCUUUGAGUACAUAUAAGUUAGCUUUUCUUCUCAGUAUAUAUAUUUUCUCGUACAACUGUCGUCUCUUUUUGGAAGUUAAGAUGAGGAGUCUGUGGUUGUUGUUCCUCGUCGGGCUGGCGACUGGGUUUAUCAGUGAAAAACUCUAUGUCUCCUCCCAGACCCCCUUCUCCACGACAGAUGACCUGUACAUAGAGGGCCAUACAUCAGGUGGCCUCCCGAUAGAUGAUGAAGAUGGUGACGACAAUGGCGGUUCAGGCUCUGGAUCCGGUGACUAUGCUUUCAGAGACCUUCCAGAUAAAGAAGAGGAACUCAUGAGGUUCCUCAACUUCUCUCAGACCACAGUCUCCAAAAAAAUGGUUCCAACUCAGCCACAGCCAACAGCGAACUCUCCUCACAACCCAUCAACCACAGCAACACACAGCCAGGACCCAUCAACCACAGUGAAGGACACAGAGACAACACCAUUCGUAUUACCGAAUGGGGACAACCGUGAUGAGGAGGUGGCAGGCCCAACAGCUGGCUGGGUCACACAGAGGACCAGCCCCAGCCCCACCAGCACGCCUCAGAGCGAGACUACUGCAACCAAAUUCAGCAUGGACAUCACUGUAAACAAAGAUACCAACGAGGACAACAGUCUGGAUAGGUGGGACGUCUCAACGCCCAAAAACCGUGGAGAUGAGGAUAAGGUGAUCCAGGAGCUCGACAAUGAACUUAUGGCCAACAAUGGCCGAGGCAGCAGAAUAUACGAGAUGGACUCUCCUGAGGAGGUGACCUCUGAGAACAUGUGGGAGAGGACAGAAGUGCUGGCAGCGGUGAUAGCAUGUGGAGUGGUCGGAUUCCUCUGUGCUGUUUUCCUUCUCGCCCUCCUCGCCUACCGCAUGAAGAAGAAGGACGAAGGUAGCUACGACCUGGGAGACACCAAAGUUUCCACAACAGCCUAUCAAAAAGCGCCUACCAAGGAGUUCUACGCCUGAACUGACCAAAAGGGGACUUUAAAUGGAGUCUGUCUCCUCCCAAGCAGGACUAAGAAUGGAUCUAUAAACAACUGAAGACGAUUCCUCUUGAUGAAGUUUGAAGUCAAGCACCUCUGUUCUUCUUCAGUGCUCCCAGCAUCUUUUCAUUUUCCUACCUUCCUCCUCUGCUUCCCUUUCACAUCUUGCCAUAUGAUGUUCAGUGUUUGUGAAGAUGAUGUCAUAAGGGAACAAAUAAGACUAUUAAAAUACAUUCCUAUUGUUCCAUUCUGGGAGAGGAGUUAGAUGUUAAAUACACAUCCAAAAUUUUGAGUAAGGAAUCUUUACUAGAGUGUCACAAUAAAUCACAACUGCUCUAGUGUAGGAAAGUCAUCAACUUUAAAAUACUGAAAACACUGUGCCUUUAUAUUCACGUUAUUUCUGUGUCUGAACCACACUUGGCUGGACUUGGUUCUGCAUUAGACAGAUUGAUUGUCCCAUUUAGCAGAACUACAGCCUGACCUGUCUCAGCUCAGCUUAACAACAUUGAGCAAGUUCACAGAAACAUACGAAUAGCCUUAAUGCAAUGCUGUUAAUGAAAAUGGUACCACGUAUGGGAUUAGUAUUACGAAGGGCCUUCACAAAUUUAAACCCUUGUCCCUUUAUUUGAGGUCAGAUGUGUUUAACAUUUUUCAUUGUUACAUUUCAUUUACUGUACGCUUUCUUUGCUGAUUUGAAGAUUUUUUGUUGUUGUUGUUAUGAGGAAUGAAUAUGUUUUUUUCAUAUGCUGUCCAGUAUUGGAAUGAGAGAUUUUGUUACUCUGCAGGUACAUAUUUUUGUUGUUUUCUCACAGAUAUUUGACACUUAUAGAACUGACCAAAUAUAAAUGUGCUUUAUUUGUCUUUUGAAAAAUUAUUUUUUACAAGCUUUUUCAAUGUGUUUUGAUGUUUAGAGAUUAUAUUUCUGUAAGCCAUUUUAAAAAGAGAUUUCAGUCUUUUAGUUGUGUUCAGUGGCAGCCUUGCACCCAAUAUGAAUAAUAUUUUCAGGAUAAUUUUAUUCAGUGACUGAGUGCAGUGAGCACGUGGAGCAGAAUUGCUAAGGUAGAGCCAAGGCUAAUGACUAUAAUUCAGGAACCGUGACAGUGACCAGGGUUUUCUGAAGCGGCCACAGCACAUUCCUCUCUGACUGUCAGCUCUGUACAGCUACAAUAGCAGGUUUGAUCUUAAAGGGACAGUGACAGUGUGACUGACACGAUUAUCCAAAAUUAGUAAUUUAUUCACUAUUUACAGAUUAUUUUAAAUUUGUCGCAGUGUAAGAUAGUGCAAGCAUGUCAGGUUAAACACGUGUUUGUCAAUUGUCAAUCUUUACCUCAACCAGCCAACCAAAGGAGCACGGAAGCUUCUAGAGACUUUUAGAGCGUCGGUAAAGACACGAGGCAAUUAACAGCAACAACUGGGUGGUUUCCCUUUUAAUAGCACCUAAUACUUCCUUGUAUAGACCCUGUUAAAUAUAGAUUUUAGUGACAAUAUUUGGGAUUUUCCCUAUGUGUAGGCGUUGAUGAAUUUUAACCAGCUACUUACUGCCUAAUAUGUGUCAAAGAACUGUACUUUUUACACCAGCCUUUUAUUGAAAUGGGAGGAAUGUUGUCUUGAAGCAACUCUGUCUGUGGCCUUACAAUCUUUGUGAAAAGGUCAAAUAAAUUUUUUAAAAACAAACUUUAGUCAUCAAAAUGACUGUGAUCGGUGGUCUGUACACACAGAGAGGUGGGGCUAAGUGGUUGAACUAUGAGUUGGCCUGUCCCCUUUCCACACAUUCUUACUGAAAUUGUAUUAGUUUUAAUUUUUGUAGCCCUGACUUAACUCUGACCCUAAGAGAUGUUAAGUUGGUAUAGGAUGUUCCUAAUAUGGUCGAAGUCAUUAUUUUUGCUUGUUUUUACAUCAUCUAGUUUCAAAGGUCACUGCUACUAUCUGUUGUAAAGUUGGUAGCAGCAGUGUUUGUGUCUAUUAAGAGUUUGAUUCCCUUCAUGAGGCAGUAACAUCAGUAAAAAAAAAUGGUGAGUAAGGCUACAUUAAUUUUUUGUUUUUUAGUCAAGUCUUAAUAGAGUGUACGUGACAUAAUUAUAUUUUCCAUAAUAGAAAGUACUUAGUUCAAGCAGUUUUCUGAAUGCAAAUACAAACUACCUAUUUACAAUGGCUGGAAUAAACAACGCAAUCUUAUAACUAACCCACUGUGAUUUACCAUUGAUGACAUGAAUAUUGUUGGGCGCUUGAAUCCUCCGUGCCUCACAUUACAUUGUAGACAUUCAUUCACAGUUGCUUUACCUUUAAGCUGUACAGAACCUUAACUGGAUUAAUUCUGGGCUAGACUCCACUGUGCCGGUGUAGGCUAGGAAAAAAACUGACAUUUCUGUUUGUAUGGACAUAAGAAAUGUCUGACAUAAACCCUAAGCAUAGAGGGUCAGGACAAUGGGUUAGCUCUUGCUAGCAAUCCAACAGGUGAUGACACACAAUAACUUUUCUGUUGUAGGAUCUCUGUAAGAUUAUACAGUAUGUUGAUGAUACUAUAAUUUAUAUGUAUUAAUUUAUACUUGCUUAUGCUAAGACUAUAAUCCAGGUUAACAUGUCAGUGAUAAAUUGGGAUUGUACAGUAUUUACUCAUGAUCUAAGCCUCUUUGUGCCUACUGCUCAGUCUUGUUAUUAAAUGUUUGUAUUUUAAAUGUA